CCCGUCUCGCCUCCUCUCCGUGUUCAAAACCCGCGCACCUCCUCCUCCCUUUCUCCCUCCCCAGCUCGUCUGCACCUCCCAACCCGCGUUGUUUUUAUAUCCCCCAACUCCACCGCCACCAACCUCCUCCGCCUCUCCCUCCCACCACCGCCACCGCCGCCUGCUGUUCCAUGAAGGACUAGUCCAUCCGUCCACCGCAGCCAUGGCGCAGCUCGCGGAGCGCUCGUUGCUCCUCUUAUUGGUCCUCAUCUCGCCGUUCGUGGCGUCAGCUGGUGUCGCCAAGCUCAACUCUUCGUCGCCCCUGUUUGGCAUCGAGUUCCCGUCGUUCAACACCGCCGUCGCCGACACCGGAUGCGACGGCAAGCUGGUGGCGGCCGAGGAGGCGGGGGACGAGCGGACGCAGCCGGCGAGCCUCUCCCCGUCGCUGAAGCUGCACAUGACCCGCCGCGCCGCCGCGGCGAGCAGCACGCGGAAAGACUCGUUCUUGGAUUCCGCCCAGAAGGACGCCGCCCGCAUCGAGACGAUGCGCCGGAGGGCGUCGUCGGCACGGCCUGGCGGCGAACGGGCGGCGGCGGCGUACUCCCCGCGGCGCGCGCUGUCGGAGCGGCUGGUGGCGACGGUGGAGUCCGGCGUGGCGGUCGGGUCCGGCGAGUACCUGAUGGACGUCUACGUCGGCACGCCGCCGCGGCGGUUCCAGAUGACCAUGGACACCGGCAGCGACCUCAACUGGCUGCAGUGCGCGCCGUGCCUGGACUGCUUCGAGCAGCGCGGCCCGGUGUUCGAGCCCGCGGCGUCCUCCACCUACCGCAACGUGACCUGCGGCGACCAGCGCUGCGGCCUCGUGGCACCGCCGGAGGCGCCGAGGGCGUGCCGCCGCCCGGGCGAGGACCCCUGCCCGUACUACUACUGGUACGGCGACCAGUCCAACACCACCGGGGACCUGGCCCUCGAGUCCUUCACCGUCAACCUCACGGCCCCGGGCGCGUCCCGGCGCGUGGACGGCGUGGUGUUCGGGUGCGGGCACCGGAACCGCGGCCUCUUCCACGGCGCGGCGGGGCUGCUCGGCCUCGGCCGGGGCCCGCUGUCGUUCGCGUCCCAGCUCCGCGCCGUGUACGGGCACACCUUCUCCUACUGCCUCGUUGACCACGGCAGCGACGUCGGCAGCAAGGUGGUGUUCGGGGAGGACCCGCUGCUGCUGGCGCACCCGCGGCUCAACUACACGGCGUUCGCGCCCGCGUCCUCGCCGGCGGACACGUUCUACUACAUCCAGCUCAGGGGCGUGCUCGUCGGCGGCGAGCUGCUGAACAUCAGCUCGGACACGUGGGGCGUGUCCGCGGACGGGUCCGGCGGCACGAUCAUCGACUCCGGCACGACGCUGAGCUACUUCGCGGAGCCGGCGUACCGGGUGAUCCGGCAGGCGUUCGUGGACCGCAUGAGCAGGUCGUACCCGCUGAUCGCCGACUUCCCGGUGCUGAACCCGUGCUACAACGUGUCCGGCGUGGAGCGGCCCGAGGUGCCGGAGCUGUCGCUGGCGUUCGCCGACGGCGCGGUGUGGGACUUCCCGGCGGAGAACUACUUCAUCCGGCUUGACGACGAGAUCAUGUGCCUGGCGGUCCUGGGCACCCCGCGCUCCGGCAUGUCGAUCAUCGGCAACUUCCAGCAGCAGAACUUCCACGUGGUGUACGACCUGCAGAAGAACCGGCUGGGAUUCGCGCCGCGGCGGUGCGCCGAGGUGUAGAGUAGCCGCUGGUGCUGGUGGUGGUGGUGGCGGCGGCGGCGGUGGUGAGGCCACGCCACAGUUGGAUUGAUUCCGUGGGACAGUUUGUAGCAAUAGCUGAUUGGGAGGUGAAUUGGGUGUAGAAAUUUUUGGUUGGGAAGGAUGGUGGCACGCACACAAAGCAAGCUCUAGUACUAGUAGUAUUUAUCAAAGAAAAAACAAAGGUUUUUGAUGCUCAAAUCUCGAAAUAGAGGAGAUUGGGAACUAGUAGGAACAACCCUAGUCGUUUCUACCAUUCCGUCUGUACACAGUCAUUAAGGGUCUAAGAGAGUUUUGCCUGAUUUCUUUUUUUUUCCCGCGUUGUUUGGGUGGUGACAGGAGGAAGAAGUAUCUGUAGCAGCAGAAUGGUUGAGAGAUUCUGUAGCAAGCUAACUAGUAUACCACCGUACGUAUCUCUUUGUUCA